AAUCAGGUGAAAUUGCAGUUAAACUUCUUAUUGCCAAGAUAAAGGUUGCCCCGAUCAAGACUGUGAGCAUUCCGCAUCUUGAACUAUGUGCUGCCACUCUAUUGACAAGGCUAAUUCCAUUCGUGGUCAGUUCUCUUCAAUGGGCUGAUGUGCCUAUUUUCUGUUGGACGGAUUCCACGAUAGUACUUAGUUGGCUGCAAAAGCAGCCAGCUACUUUGCCAGUUUUUGUCGGUAAUCGCGUAUCUACUAUCCAAACCAGAUUAUCCUCUGCUGUGUGGAGUCACGUGUCCUCCAAACAGAAUCCAGCUGAUAGCGCCUCGCGUGGCCUCUCAGCAGAAGAUUUAAUAACUUUUUCUCUUUGGUGGGAAGGCCCAGCGUGGCUGUCUAGCUCCUCAGCUGCUUGGCCUCAGCACAAUAAGUCGACUCUCGUUUCUGUAAAACAUGACGCAGUUGCUACAUUACUAACUAAAACUGAAAUAAAAAAUGAUUGGCAAUCUAGUUUACUUUCUCGACAAUCCUCUUGGUCGCGUCUACUUCGUGUCACCGCAUAUGUUUUGCUUGCCGUUAAAAUUUUCAAAGAUAAAGUUGUUUUCCCUAGAUAUUUGUCUGCUACUGAGAUAAAUGAUUCCUCGUUAUUCUGGAUACGUUACGUUCAAUCUCAAUUGUUUGCUCACGACAUUACUUUUUUAAAGAAUGGUGAGUCUCUCUCUGCUAAGUCUCCUUUGAAGCGGCUUAAUCCAUUUAUCGAAUGUAAUGGAAUUAUUCGUCUUGGUGGCCGGUUACGUCAAUCAAAAUUAUCAUUGUAUCAGGAAUCUCCCGCCAUUUUGCCUAAGCAUGUGAUAUCGACUCUUGUAUUAGAGCAAUUUCAUCGCAACCUCUUACACGCCGGAAUUCAAUUAACGCUUUACAUGGCUCGUACCAAAUACUGGGUUAUUGGAGCUCGCAGUGAAGUUAGGACGAUUGUCCAUCGCUGUCUUGUGUGCGUACGUGAUAAGGCUAAAACGGAAACUCAAUUGAUGGGCGAGCUUCCAACCCCUAGAGUGACACCCUCACGUCCUUUUUCUCAUACUGGAAUUGACUAUGCAG